CCUCGGGUGCAGAAUUGUUCUCCUCAAUUUCGAGAGGCGCGGUAAUGCGGAUGACCGUCGGCCGCUUCAGUUCUGCUUUAGGGCCGAGCCGCGUCGGUAGCAUCCUCAGCGGCCGGCGGGUUGUGCGGCAGCCUUCCCCAUCUUGGGGAACUUCAAUAUCCCGGCCACGCGUGCUGCGGAUGAGGGGCGCAAAGCGUGGAAGUACCGCAAGGGCUGCGAAGGAUGGAGUUGUAGUAGAGAGAGACGGUACCAGCCUGGCCCCGAUGACGAUCGAUCGGUGCCCACCGUCGGCUAGAUAGGUUGCCUUGUUGCUUCCUGCUGUAAGCUGCUUAGAGCCGGGAGGGUUGAAGCAGCACAAAAGCCUUUUAAACGAUAAAUAAAUGAGCCAGGCGUGUUUGGAAACCCUUGGCCGAAGAAAGGGUGGCGGAGGGGUGGCGGGCCCUACCCGGACGGAACAGUAGUUUUAUGUGCCCAGAUGGAGCCGUAAGACUGCGGAGCUCAACGGGACGUCUGAGCGGUUGUCAGAAUGGCGUGCCGUGAAAUGAGCUUUUCAUCCUAACGUGGUACGUGAAUAAGGUCAAUCGCGCCAAUGCCACCUGCUGAGCCUGACGCCCUCUGUGACUCACAAGUGGCGCGACUGCCACAAGGCAGUCCCCGAAGUGAAAGACGGGUGGCUGAACGGUCCAGCUGCCUAAAGGAAUUCGCCAGUGUCCAGACGACGGGGCUUCUGAUCCUACAGGUGGUUAUCGCCCCUCGUAAAAAAGAAUCUCCUCAGCAGAAAUGGUGGUGAAUGGGCCAGGGAGCAGGGCGCUGCUGUUGCCUUCAGCUUUUGGAGGAAGGCCUUUGCUUCUCAGUGACCUGUUCCUAAAGGUUUUUCUCGGAAGCAAAGUCCACAGGGCUACUUCGGCGGAUGGUGCCCCUUUUCUCAUAGCUGAUGGUACUUAUUUCCUGUAUUUAUAAUAUUGAUAUAUCUACGUUGUGCCACGUGUCUCAGCGGAGUACCAUUAAUGCAGAAAUUCAUUGAAACGGAUUAAGGUAAAGCAACCCAACGUGCAGUAUAGUUACUACCAAAUCAGGGGUCAUAAAUUGAUGUCAUAGAACUCCUGUAUAUUCUCAGAUGCUGAUUGAAUUAAAGGAAAAGCCAUCGUGCGCAUGCUCGUGCAUCCAGUUGUAUCCUUUGCUUCUGGGAAAGGGGCACUCCAGGGAGGGGGCUCCCAGCAGAGCAGGGCCUCCUUUGGCCCCAGCCGUAGGAUGUGGCCCAUCCAGGAAGGCCCUGAUGGGUGGCAGCACCUGGGCAGACAGCGAGGGAAGGAAGGAGGCAGCCUCCGAGGCAGAGAAGCAGCCGCCCCCAGCAGAGCAGAUGCAGCAGCCAUCGGCUCUGCCUCUUGCGGUAAUUGGCAUUCUGGAGCUUGCAGAAAGGGCGCCCCCCCAGCGGUGUUUGCACGACACCCUAAUCCAUGUUUUCUUUGUCAGUCUGUCAUUGCACGUUGCAUCCCCUGUUUUUCCUCCAGGGGAUCAGUUAAACCCGCUUUCUCCAUCCGGAUGACACGCCGUGCCUUCGGCUGGGCUGCCCUCGCCCCCAAACUAGCAGCCCGGUGGCUGGGCUGUUUUGUGGCUUGGGGCGUCAUGCAGAUAGAGUGGCAACCAAGAAGAGGGGGGGGGGGGCCCCCUUGAGCCCCCUGCAGGGAGAGUAAGUGACCGGCAGGCAUUGCAGACCUCCUCCAGGUCUGGCUGCAGGAGCCGGGAGCAGCCUCUCAUUGGACCGCUGCCUUCCGUGCCUGCUGGCUGAGAGUGUGCGUCUGUGGGGCUUCGGCUGUUUUUUCCCUGGACCUUCGAAUAGGCGCCACAAAAUGAUGCCAUUUUGUUUCAGACAGGUUGUGGGCGUUAAAGGCGCGGUCAAGCCCACAACCGCAAGAGCAUGUGGUGGCUUUUGUUUUGUCUGGCUGCGCGCUGGAUUUUUCCUCUGCUCCUGACGAAAAGGCCGGAGAUUAUCUGAGUUCCCCUUUCCUCCUUCAUGGAUUAGACACGAAGGAGACAAAACGGCCGAGCUGCACUUGCACAGAAUUGCAGAUUGUUCCAUCUUCUGCUGCCCUUUGGGGAUUUAAUCUCUGGGCUUCGGCUUUAUUUUCAUUUUGUUAAAGCUUUUAUGCUAAUCGCUUUUGUGUCCAGACGCUCAGUCUCACAAGGAAGAUUCCUGGCCUGCUCGCCUCUUUGUGAAUGUGGGAUUUUAGGUUAAUUUAGGGAGGGCGGUGCUGGGAUGGCAGGGGGGGUUGGCCUAGAGAUAGUGGAUAGGCAUUUGGGACACUUGUGACAUGGAGAGUCAGCCAGGCAUUUUGUGUAGGUUGCCAGAAUGUGUUUGGCUUGCUCAUAAGGCCAGAAUUGGGGGGAGGACUGGAAAAAGGUUGAUAAUUCACGAUCUAGCCAUAGAGAACAGCUCCUGACCAAGGGUGGGGGGGGUGCAGUAGGUUUUAUAUUUGGGGUUUUUAUUUCUGUAAGCUGCCUGGAGUCACUGUGAGCUAUAUAAAUUGCAUAAAUAAAUAAAUAAUCAAUCAAUCAAUCAAGAAGGGGGGCUUGAGUUGGGGUGGUUGACCCCAUGCUGAUAGAAGGGAUGCAGGAGGAAAUGGUCUCAAAGCCGUGUCUACUUUUCCAGGCCCAGUCUGCUAUGCAUCUACAUGGCGAGAACCUUUUACAACUGUGGAGCAUCAGCGGGCGGGGAGGGUGUCAUUCUAACCUGUUUGCAUGGACUUGUAUAAUCCAUGGACCUUCCCCUGCCCAGAAGAGCUGUUGCUGCGGCGGCGGCAGCAUCUGUGUCUGAGAAGGGUCACUGCUACUUAGUGGGCAGAUGGGGGGAACUCCUGCUACAGGUGCCAUCUGUGGGCUUUCUCAGUGCUGGUGGUGGUGCUUGCGCUCUGGAAUGCUCCCCCUGCCCCUCACGUUUAUGAAGUGCCUUUGGCGACGUUUCAGGUCUCCUUGGGCUGGGAACGGAAGAGGAGCUGCGUUCUCCCUCUGCGAGCAAGCAGAUGCGGCGGGGUGCUGGGGACACCUUUGGUCGGAGGAAGAGGAGCCUCCGUGUUCGGCAGAGAUGAGCCUCAUCCUCCCUUCCCCCUACCUCAAAGCUGUACAAUCUAAAGUGGACUGCAUUUUGCAAGAAGUUGAGAAGUUUACAGACUUACAGAAACUCUACCUCUACCUUCAGCUGCCUUCCGGUCCCAGCAAUGGCGAGAAAAGCGAUCAGCUGUCGGUGUCCUCCAGCCGCGCUCAACAGGUGCACGCCCUUUCCUGGAUCCGGAACACCUUGGAGGAGCACCCGGAGACCUCGCUUCCAAAGCAGGAAGUGUAUGACGAGUACAAGAGCUACUGUGACAAUCUUGGUUACCAUCCUCUCAGUGCCGCAGACUUUGGGAAGAUCAUGAAAAAUGUGUUUCCCAAUAUGAAGGCUCGUCGCCUGGGCACGCGAGGCAAAUCUAAGUAUUGCUAUAGUGGACUUCGGAAGAAAGCACUUGUGCAGAUGCCAUCGCUCCCUAAUCUGGAUUUCCAUAAAACUGGAGAUGGGCUGGACGGCGCAGAGCCUCCUGGGCGCCUGCAGAGUGCUGAUGAAGAGAUUGUGUCGGCUGCCUGCCAGCUGGUCUGUGAGUGGGCUCAGAAGGUGCUCAGCCAGCCCUUCGACUCUGUCCUGGACCUGGCCCGCUUCCUGGUCAAAAGCCACUACACGGGCACCAAAUCCAUGGCAGCUUUGGCUGUGAUGGCGGGCGCCCCUGCAGGACUCAAGGGGAUCCCCCAGCCCUCGGCGUUUGUUCCAACGGCAGAGAGCAACUCCUUCCAGCCCCAGGUGAAAACGCUGCCUUCGCCUGUGGACGCCAAGCAGCAGCUGCAGCGCAAGAUCCAGAAGAAGCAGCAGGAGCAGAAACUGCAGUCUCCUUUGCCAGGCGAGUCCCCAGCCAAGAAGGCUGAGGGCACGACAAGCAACGGGAUUGCCAGCCUUCCGAACGGGAGCCCGGCCAUCCUGUCCCCUCAACCCAUCGGCAUUGUGGUGGCUGCUGUGCCGAGCCCUAUCACGGUGCCAAGGUCCCGGCAGUUGGUAACGUCUCCUAGUCCAAUUGGCUCAUCCGAUGGCAAAGUCCUUCCACUCAACGUCCAGGUGGUCACUCAGCACAUGCAGUCCGUCAAGCAGUCGCCAAAGACUCCCCAGAACGUUCCGGCCAGUCCCGUGGGAGACCGUUCUGCUCGCCACCGCUACCCCCAGAUCCUGCCAAAGCCAGCCAACACCAGCGCGCUCACCAUACGCUCCCCCACAACCGUGCUCUUCACAAGCAGCCCAAUCAAGACUGUGGUUCCUGCUCAGCACAUGAACGUGGUCAAAAUGACCGCGAUAUCACUUGCCCCGAGCAGCGCCGGCGGCACACCCAUCAAACCCCCGGCCUCGGCCGUUAGCUCGGGAGCCGCUGAGGAGUCGAGGAGCGUGCCUCAGAUCAAGAACGGAUCUGUUGUUUCACUGCAGUCCCCGGGAACCAAAGCAAGUGGUGGAGGGCUAGCUGCCCCCCCCUCAUCAGUCGAGGUCAAACUGGAGCCGGAAUCGGUCCUGGAUGAGAGCCUGCGGCAGAACCAGCACCAUUCAGACCCUGCUGCUGUGGUCAGGGUGGCCCUCCUGGCACCUGCAGAUCAGCCGAGGGCUGCGGAAACAGAGCCCUGGAAAGGUCGGGCAGAGGAGCGCCUUGGAGCAGCAAGCUGUGACCCCCUGGGGGAAGAUUCGGGGAGGAAACCCCUUUCUCAGCCUCACGAAUCCCCCCCGGAUCCCUCGGAGGCUGCUCAGCACGCCUCCAGCACCAGCAUCGCCACCUCGCCUCCUGCGGGUGACCAGGGGUGCGCCAAAGGCCUGAGGAAGAGGCUCCCUUCUGCCUUUGUGGACUCCCAGGGCCCCCCGAUCAAAAAGCUUUCUGUGGGACAGGCAUCUGCAGAAGCCCCCAAGGCCAGUGGCGCUAAGAAGGCUCAGCAGAGGAGCGGGCUGCCUCUCCCUAAAAGCGAUAGUCCAGCUGCCCUUCUCCAAGGGCCCAGCAAGGUGACGAUCCAGGUCCAUUCUGUGGCCUCAGGGGGCGGCCUGGUGACCUCCUGCCCUCUGGACGCCGACCUUGUCAUUGCCUCCAGCGACCCCCUGUUGGAGCAGCAACCGGCAGCCUCGUCGGCAGGGGUUGAAAUGAAGCUGGAAGGAAAUGUCUUUGUCCUCGAAAACAGCCCUAAGCCCGACAGCAGCUUUAACCCCAACGUGUGGCAGCAGCUGGCCAAGAGCUCCAGCUUCGGCCCCGAGACCUGCAAGCCGCAGCCGCAGAUAAGUGUUAUGACGCUGGCCGGGCCCUCUGACUCCGAGGACUUGCCCAAGUCCGCCUGGGAACCAGUGCACUUUGAAGGGUUUCAGCAGGCGGCGGCGGCGGCGUUCAGCCAGCAGUUGCCGGAUCAGGGCCAGCAGCCCUCCCUGGAGCAGCAUCUGCCAGGCCAGAGCUCUCGCCAGCUGCCCCUGCAGCAGGAGCUGAAGGAGUUUGAGGACGCCGCCUCCCAGUCCCACGAGAACUUCUUUUCCUUUGAUGAUGACCUGACCCAGGACAGCAUUGUGGAGGAGCUGGUGCUGAUGGAGGAGCAGAUGUCCCUGAACACUUCUCACCUGUACAGCACUUCCCUGGGGAUGGCUCUCCAGAAUCAGGGGACAGCUCAGGUGGCACCCUUGGCCCCUCACUCGAGCAGCGCCCACUUCUAUCACCCAAUCCACAGCAACGGCACUCCUGUUCACACGCCCACGCCUACCCCGACACCCACCCCGACGCCCACUCCGACCUCUGAAAUCAUGGCGGGAUCGCAAGGCGUGUCGCGGGAGAGUCCAUGCUCCAGGAUGGCUCAGACAACGCCUGUCGACAGCGCACUGGGGAGCAGCCGGCACACGCCCGUCGGCACGCCGCACUCCAACUGCAGCAGCAGCGUGCCCCCAAGCCCUGUGGAGUGUAGGAACCCCUUUGCCUUCACCCCAAUUAGCGCCAGUAUGGCCUACCACGAUGCCAGCGUCGUUUCAAGCAGUCCCGUGAAGCCCAUGCAGCGGCCAACGGCUACCCACCCUGAUAAAACCAAACUCGAAUGGAUGAACGCCGGGUAUGGUAGCGUGGGUAACUCCUCGGUCACCAGCCACGGGAUUCUGCCAAGCUACCAGGAGUCAGUGGAAGACCGUUUCCGGAAGCCUCACGCCUUUGCCGUUCCUGGCCAGUCCUACCAGUCUCAGUCGCGGCACCACGAUUCCCAUUUUGGGCGCGUGACCCCUGUCUCCCCCGUCGGCAACAAGCAAGAAGGUUUUGCUGUCCCUGCUCCUCUCGAUAACAAAGGGACGAGUUCCUCCCACGGCAGCCAUUUCAGAUGCCGGAGCGUCAGUCCCGCCGUUCACCGCCAGCGCAACCUCAGCGGAAGCACCGUCUGCCCCGUGGCUGCUGUGCUUCGCUCUGGAACGACGGUGGCCCCUUUUGGGAGCCCUGUCGCUCCAGAAGCGCACAACCCGUUGGCGAACGUCCACGCAGACACGAGCGCCAGCAACCUUGCCCAGAGGAGCCAGUCGGUCCCCCUGACAGUCAUGAUGGAGACCGCGUUUCCCCCACCCCAGAAGCAGGCCAGCUCCAAGAAGAUCACCAGCGUCCUGCUGAACAAGCUUGAUUCUGAGAACGAUGACGCUGUGAGGGGGCUGGGCGUCAACAACAGGCCCUCCAAUUACACCGCCAGGAUGAACCUGACUCAGAUUUUAGAGACUUCCGCUGCGUUUCCAAGUGCCAGUGCGCAGAGCAUGCUCCCGUCCAGCCCGUCGGUUUUUGAAUUCCAAACACCAGGUUACCUCGCCAAAAACAGCAGCCCCGAUCCGGUGAACUUUGCUUCUGGAGACAGUGCGGCACAGUCGGAGGCCGGAGAGCAGCAGUUGGAUUUCAGCGGCACCGUGAAGGAGCUUUUGGAGGAGAGCACCCUGCAGGUGGGCCAGGUGCCUCCCGACUUGAGCAGCGUGGCCUCGGUCUUCUCCAGCGACAUGAGGCUGGCUUCGGAGCUCUCGGGGAGCAUGAACGAUCUGAACGCUUUGGACACAAAUCUGCUCUUUGACCCGGCUCACCAGCAGAGCCAAGAUGACGAGGCAACACUGGAAGAGUUAAAGAACGACCCCUUGUUCCAACAGAUCUGCAACGAGUCCAUCAAUUCUAUGACUUCGGCAGGUUUUGAUUGGAUGGAGAGUAAGGACCAUCCUGCUGUUGAAAUGUUGGGUUAAGAAAAGUGUGUGCGCGCGCGUGUGUGUGUAUCUCUGUGUGUGUGUGUGUACACACAUACACGCUUGUGUGUGAGUGUAUAUAUAUGUG